GGAAGGUCUGUUCGUCUCCACUCGCCUGGGCGCUGUGUUUUCCGUGGAUGUGCUGGAUCUCCGUAAGGAUUAAACAGGAACGGUCGACAUCUUAAAGUGUGAAGUACUGGAAAGCCCACGAUGGCCAAAUAUAUCAAUCGCAUCAGAAACUUAAUCCCGGGUCUUCGCCGUCCGGACAACAAUGGUCCGCCUCAAGGUGUUACCGUGGAGGCUGAUUUUGGGAAUGAGAAGGACUUGAAAAAAAUGUCAUUCUACAAUCCACUCGAUCCUGUGCCAAAAUAUGACUUUUAUGCCAAAGACACAUGGGCAGGACGUAUUAAAAGAACCAGGCCAUCACUGGAUGUUCUGCGCCAACCACCGGACCCUGAUGAUCUUCCCCCACCACCAGAGGACGAUGGACGGCCCAAAGUCAAGCUUGUUCGCUUUGGAUGGGUUCUGGGAGUCAUGAUUCGCGCCAUGUUGAACAUCUGGGGAGUCAUUAUGUACCUGCGGCUACCGUGGAUCACGUCUCAAGCCGGACUCAUUCUGACCUACGUCAUUAUCUUCAUGUCUAUCGUUGUCACAACGAUCACAGCAACAUCGGUGUCAGCAAUCUCCACUAAUGGGAAGGUCUACUCUGGUGGCACAUACUUCAUGAUCUCUCGGAGUCUGGGUCCAGAGCUUGGAGCACCCAUCGGUUUGCUCUUUGCGUUCGCCAACGCCAUCGCCUGUGCACUCCACACAGUGGGGUUCUCAGAGACCGUCCGAGAUCUUCUCAAGGACUACAAAUCACAGAUGGUGGACGAUGUCAAUGAUGUAAGGAUCAUUGGGGCGAUUACUGUCGUCAUCCUCCUCUGCAUCACAUUCGCUGGCAUGGCUUGGGAGGCAAAGGCUCAGAUCCUGUUCUUCAUCGCCAUCAUGCUGUCUUUAAUUAAUUACUUUGUGGGGACAGUCAUUCCCCCCAGUGUAGACAAGCAGGCCGUGGGAUUUUUCGGCUACCGUGGUGAGUACACCAGCUCCUGAAAGAGGGCGCGCAUAAAUGGAUCUUGUUUUAGAUAUGGAUUUGAUAUUUGUAUUAGAAAACAAGUAAAAAAUGCUGAGGAAGAAAAUUAGGGUUUUCUUCAGUCAAGUUUCACCAGUCAUCAUCUGUCAGAGUGUUUGGCAAAGGACCAGCAAAACCUAACCACAGUUUCCCUUUCAAACAUUCACUUCAUGAUGCGUAUGGGGACAACUCCUGUUUACACUGGUACUGAAGCUUAAUUUGUAGCUAGCAAUGCCCUAUAGGUGUGAGGGCCCAUUCCACCAGAGGCCUCUUCCUGGGCGUAGUCCAGUGGGAUCUCUGUUCCCCAUAUGCAAUGUGAGGUGAGGAUUCGAAAGGGAAUGCUCCAGUUACUGGCAUAAACUUGGUUCCCUGAGAUAAAGGAACAAGUGUUACAUCACUUGCCGUGCUAAAGGCUGCGUACGAAUCGAUGGCCGACACUUUAGUCGAAGGACUCUGAUGCAGUGGCGCUCUAAGCAAACUCAUUUAGAUGUUGGCUCCACCUAUUCUGGCAGGCUAAACCGCCGUUGGCUUGUGCAGCUACACAAACGUUAAACAAAUCAAGCUUCAGUACCAGGGUAAACAGGCGUUGUG